GCGCAGCGCAACACCAUCACCACCUGGCUUCAAUUCGAACGACCAAGAGCUACCCCUUCCCACAAGCUCUGCCAACAGAAAGGACACAACAACACCAAACCCGCACUUUUGCGCGCCCAGGGCUUCCCCAAGCCAACGUCAAAACCGCCAAGAUGUAUAUCCUAGGAAACUUCCUCUACAUCGCCGUCCUCCUCAUCAACGCCAUCGCAGUCCUCUCCGAAGACCGCUUCCUCGCGCGCAUCAACCUCUCCCCCUCUUCCUACGACCCGACCUUUGGCUCGAGCAACGACGCAAGCGUAAAGGCAAAGAUUAUCAACCUGAUCGCCAGCGUACGGACACUGAUGAGAAUACCCUUGAUCGGAAUCAACACCAUCAUCAUUCUGUACGAACUCAUCCUCGGAUAAGGUGUUAUAUUGGGGUACAGGAGAUGAGAUAGAAAGAUAUAAUAAAAAAAAAUGAAGGGGGCUGCUGCUCUUUAAUGCAUCGUAUAUGGCUUGAACUUUUUUACUUCCACGGCAUGGCAUCAUGGUAACGAACCGGCGUUGAAGGAUGGAGAGCGGAUGGGGUUCGGCUGUCAAUGGCACGCACGUAUGUGUAUUUUAUCUGAAAAUGUCCCCGGGUAACAUCGUAAAGCCCGGCGAGUGUAAUAUCACAAUCAGCUGAGG